GUCAGCCAUAACUAUUUAAAUUAACAACUCCGGCGACGAUCGACGAGCAUCGAUCCAUUUGCAGCUUACGUCGAAGGUCUGCUCUUCGAUCGAGUGAUAUUUCCGGCGACGCCGCAGGCGAAUUAGGCUCCUCUGUUUCCGCAAUGCGUCAAAUGGAUCGUCGCGAACCAAAUUAAAGCAAAGAAGGCUUCUGGGGAGGGAUUGCGUGCGUACUCGAUUCCGUCACUGGCACCCUCGCCUCGCCUCUCCUCUCCUCUCCUCUCUUCUCCUCCUGCCCUUCGUCAAAGGUUCACUGGCCUUGCAAAUGUUAAGACAGUUCGCAACUCGAACAGAAUCAUCCUUUACGAUGGAGAUAAACUGCAAAGAGGAGGUGGCGCUGCUCUUCUCCGACGAUACCUACUGCUGUUCUCUGCUGCCGCCCUCUGCGUACGACACCGCAUGGGUCGCCAUGGUCGGCAGCGUCGCCGGCGCAGGUCCCCUGUUUCCGCAAUGCGUCAGGUGGAUCAUCGCGAACCAGAGCAGAGAAGGCUUCUGGGGGGAGAGCGAUCAGCCCGGACUCGAUUCCAUCACUGCCACGCUCGCUUCUCUCCUGGCCCUUAGUCGAUGGAACAUUGGGCGUGCAAAUGUUCAGAGGGGGUUGGAGUAUCUUCGAUCGAAUGUGGAGAAGAUACUCGCGCAGUGGCAGGGCGGCGUCCCUCGCUGGUUCGCCGUUAUUUUUCCAGGAAUGUUGGAGCAGGCGCAAUCCAUAGGCUUAAGUGUACUUCCCCAUGACGGCGUUCGAUUGGUCGACGAUAUUAUCUUCAGGAGGAGAAGCAUAUUUGAGGAUAGCCGUAGUGCUGAAGGAGAUCUCCCGCCGCUGAGUCUGACGAUGUUCCUCGAAGCACUCCCACCAAACAGACGGCCAAAAAACGAAGCGAUCCUCGCUCAGCUAAUGGAAGAUGGAUCGCUCUUCCAGUCUCCAUCAGCAACUGCCGCUGCUUUCAUGAUCACAGGAGAUGCUCGUUGUCUCAAGUACCUGCAGGACAUGAUGCGCAGAUGCAGCAAUAGUAUUAGUCUCUCGAUUGGAACAGUUCCCUCUGUUUUUCCCGUGGACCACAAUCUCUUGAGGCUUUGUCUGGUAGACCAUUUGAGAAGAUUGGGGUGCGGUGAGUUUUUCGAAGAGGAAAUCAAAGAUCUUAUGGACCAUAAUUUCAGGAAUUGGAUAGAGCAGCAUCAGGAACAGAGCAACAAGAACUAUCUGCUACAAGAACAAAUAUACAGGGAUUCCUUGGCCUUUCAGCUUCUGAGGGCAUAUGGAUAUCCUGUGACACCAAGGAAAUUGUGUUGGUUUAUGGAUGACAAGGAAAUCCUCACGCACAUAAUGGAAAAUCACAACGAGUUCAUGGGAGCCAUGUAUGGGGUGUACAGAGCAGCACAGUUGAUGUUCCCAAAGGAAGUUGAUCUUCAAAAUGCAAAGCAAUUCUCGCUGAAAGUGUUGAGAAAAUGCUUUCCUGACAAAGAUUUACAAGGAAACUGCAAGGCCUUCACUGACUUGCAGAAACAGAUUGCACACGAAUUAGAACACCCAUGGUUACUUAGAAUGGACCACCUUGAGCAUCGCAUGUAUAUAGAGAGAAAUAAAGGGUACUUGUCGUGUAUGGGGAAGACCAACACUUGUAUGCUUUCUUAUCCAAAAUUUCUCAUGCAACUGGCUGUAGAAAAUUUCACGAACCGCCAAUCCGUUUACAGAAAUGAGCUCCUGGAGCUAAAGAGGUGGUCAGAGGAAUCAGGGCUUUCAAAAAUGGGGUUCGGCAGACAGAAAACUGAAUACUGUUACUACUCAGCCACUGUGCCAACAUGCCUUCCUCUACAUUGUGAUUUAAGGAAGAUAGUGGCCAAGUGUGCUAUUCUAGUCACCUUUGCCGAUGAUUUCUACGAUGAAAAAGGAACUCAAAUUGAAUUAGAAACACUAACUGAAGCUGUCAACAGGUGGGAAGGAGGCAACUUACGUAGCCACUCCAAAGUAAUCUUCGAUACACUUGAUGCACUCGUAGACGAAAUAGAGUCCAAAGCAUUCUUAAAACAUGGCAACCCGGUGAAAGAAGCCCUUCGAGAUAUGUGGCGUGAUGCCUUCAAGACAUGGCUAAAGGAAUCCAAGUGGAGCGUAUGCAAACACGCACCUUCGACGAAGGAGUACAUGGAUGUGGCCGCAGUUUCCGUGGCCAUUCAAGUGAUGACUCUCCCUGCUUGCUACAUAACUCACCCGAAAGCUCCAGUCGACAGCAAAUCGGGCUCUCGUUACUGCAAAAUGACGGAGCUGGCAAUGCUGUGUGCGCGGCUUCUAAAUGACAUAGGAAGCUAUCAGAGAGAAUUAGAGGAUGGGAAGUUGAAUUUCGUCCCACUGUACGUGAAAGAGAACGUGGGGUACUGCAUCGAUGACUCGAUCGAGCACAUAAAGAGAGUUCUUGGGAAAAUGGGGAAAGAGUUUGUGGAGCUGUUCUUGAACCAAGAUUAUGGAGGAGUUCCGAGAGUGUGGAAGGAACUGCACUUGACCACUCUCAAGGCCUUUUGGAUGCUUUAUGAAUCGAUCAAUAAAUUCGACUCGCCUACCGCGCUGCUUCGAGCUAUCAGCCUAGCGUUCCAUGAACCUCUGGUCAUCAAUACUUAGAUUCAAAGCUGGCUGCAUCUAUAUAUCUUCCAAUUUUCUUAUCAAAAAUAAAAAUUAAGGAAAAACUGUAAUAAUGUUUUUUUAACAGAACAAGAAUAAAAUUCGAUAAUUCAUAGCAAAA